AUGUCAAAACGAGGUCUCUCGACGAGUUCACAAAUUGAUUUAGAGUUAGAGGUCAAGAAAGUUAAACCUUUGGAUAUUAAAGUUGCGGUUGAAUUGCAGAUUGCCAACCGUCCCGGCCUCGGAAAAGUCGGAAAACAUAUCAAAUUAAAUACAAAUCAUCUAAAGGUCGCUACUUUGCCUCAUACGACCAUUUUCCAUUACAAUUUUGUUGUUGAUCCAUCAGUCAGACCUCCACUUGCGUUUAAGAUCUUUUCGACUAUGGCUUUUCAAAAUUAUUUUGGUGACAUCAUGCCUAUCUAUGAUGGAAAUAGUUCUAUUUAUUGUCUCUCUCCGUUACCUUUUAAUGAUGAAGGGGAAAUCAAGGAAGUCUCUCUUGAGGCAGAUGGUUCUCAUAGGAAAAGAACAUUUCACAUUACCAUUCGAAAAGUUGAUGACGUAAAUCUGGAAAGAUUAUCGAAUUAUCUUAAAGGCUCCAUUCCAUUUACCGGUGAAAUUCAAACUUGUGUUUCAUUAUUAAACACAGUGUUGAAUUAUAAACCGAGAAAUGCCUUUGCUGUUGUCAAGCGAGGCAUUUUCCCGGAAUCUGAGGAUCGACCGAGGUACCUGUAUGGAGGCCUUGAAUUGAAAACGGGUUUCUGCCAAUCAAUGAGACCUGGUUGGGGACAUAUGACUAUAAAUGUUGAUGUAUGUGCAGCUGUUUUUUAUCCUCACGGCUCCAUGUUGGACUAUGCCGCAAAAUUUUUGGGUAAACGUAACAUUGAUGAAUUAAGAUUUGGAAUCAAUGAUAACGAGCGAAGAAAUCUUGAACGCGGUAUGAAAGGACUAAAAGUCAAAGUUAUUCAUCGGGGAGAGAAAAAUCCAAAAUAUAAAAUCGAGCGUUUAUCAAGCAAAGCUGCUGAUUAUACAAUUUUUAUGAAUGACAAGGAAGGUGUAGAAAUGAAUGUAACUGAUUAUUUUGCGCGAACAUAUAAUCGCUAUUUGGAGUUCAAAUCUCUUCCUUGCAUAGUUGUAAAGAAAAACUUGUUUAUUCCAAUGGAGGUCUGCAACGUCCUACCUGGUCAAAAAUAUGAUAAAAUGAUCGGAGAUAGAGCUAAAGCAGACAUGAUCAAAUUUACGGCCUGUAGACCUCAAGAACGUUUCAGCCAAAUAGAGAAUUGUAUUCGAAACGUUUUUAAACAUGAUGACGAUGAAAAUCUUCGUGAUUUCGGAAUUAAUAUCGAUUCUAAGAUGAUGAUUAUUGAUGGAAGAAUUUUGAAAUCUCCGACAAUAUUGUUUAAUGCUAAUAGUAAACAACAAAAUCAGUUUACUUCUCAAAAUGGACGUUGGAAUCUCAGAGAUCUUGUUUUACUUAGAACAAAACCAUUGCACAACUGGUCGGUUCUUAUUUUGUCUGACAGAAGGACAUCUCCUAUUGAUCAAGUGAAAAGAUGUAUGUCAGGAUUAAAACAAAAAUUGGUCGAAUUCGGAAUGGAAGUUCGAAAUGAUCCUUAUGUAAAUUUUGGAAAUCAACAGGGGAAUAUUGAAGCUUCAAUACAAGUUGCUGUUCAAAAGGCCCAUAUCAAUAAAUCAUUUCCACCUCAGUUAAUAAUUGUGAUUAUUCCAAGAAAACCAUCUCCACUUUAUGGUGAAAUUAAAAAGGUUGCCGACACUAAAAUUGGAGUCACGAUGAUCGUUGGAGCGGAUAUUUCUCAUCCUGGAAUUGGACAAAAGAAUCAACCUAGCAUUGCAGCAGUUUGCGCAUCCGUUGAACCAACUGCAACAACAUAUUACGGUAGAGUGAGUGUCAACAAGCAAAUCCGUAAUGAAACAAUAGAAUGCCUUGGAGAUAUGAUAUCUGAUUUAUUAAAAGCAUUCUAUGAGAAGAAUAAAGUUCUUCCAAAAAGAAUGAUUUUUUAUCGAGACGGUGUAAGUGAGGGUCAGUUUCGCGGAGUACUUAACAGAGAAGUAAUUGCGUUGAAGAACGCAUUUAAUAAAAUUUAUCAAAAGGAUCCUCCAAAAUUAACUUUUUUGAUAGCACAAAAAAGGCAUCAUACCAGAUGUUCUUCGGCAAUAUCUGUGGUGCCUCCAAUCGCUUAUGCGCAUCUGUUGGCGGCACGCGUUCGACUUUAUCCAACAGGUGAAUCACCUGAAGAAAAAGAUUGUGGUGAAUCGAGCAAUUUGAGUGAAAGCACAUUUUCUGUUCCUCCAGUUUCCAAAGAAUUAGCCAAAGUUAUGUAUUUUGUUUAA